CCUUUCAUGUGGUCUCCUGUUUGAGCUUUGAAAAUGGCAGCUUCCUGGGUUUACGACGUGUUCCUGUCUUUCAGCGGUAUUGAUACCCGUAAGAAAUUCACCGCCCAUCUCUUGGCCGCGCUGAAUCGGCAUGGUUUUUACACAUUUAGAGAUGACACUAAACUCAAAAGAGGAGAAGAAAUUGGUCCCGGAUUGCUAAAAGCAAUCGAGCAAUCUAAGGUUUCUAUUAUAAUAUUCUCCGAAAACUACGCAGCCUCAAGAUGGUGCCUUGAUGAGCUUGUAAAGAUCAUGAAUUGCAAGAGGACACUCAACCAGAUUGUUAUUCCUAUCUUUUAUGACGUGCAACCCUCCGAAGUUCGGUCACCGAUGGGUUGUUAUGCAAAAGCAUUUGCCAAUCACGAAAAGCAGUUCAAGGAAUCGGUGAAGAUUUGGAGGUCGACUCUAACUGAGGCUGCCAAUUUAUCUGGUCAGGUCCUACAAAGUGUGGCCAACGGGUACUUUUAACUCUCUUUUCUUCAAAAAAAAAAAAUAAAUAAUAAUAAAAAAAAAUAAUAAAAUAAAAUUGUAAUCUAAAACAUUACCAAUUUGUUCACACAUCUAUUUUGAUCUUUCAUCUAUCUCUACGUAAAAAUUGCUUAGCUUCAUUUUUUUGAAUUUCAUUUUUCUCUUACAACGGUUGAAAUUUUUUAUUUUUUAUUUUUGGCCAGAUGUGAGUCAACCUUUAUUGAGAUUGUUGUUGGAGUAGUCGCAAAGAUAUUAAAUCCUACAUGGUUAAGUGCUCCAGACUAUCCGGUUGGAAUAGAAUAUCGUGUUGGAAAACUGAAUUCCUUUCUACAUUUGGAUUCAAUUGAUUCAAAUAAAGAUGUUAGGAUUGUUACCAUAUGGGGAAUUGGGGGUAUAGGUAAGACAACAAUUGCUAAAACUUUGUAUAAUCGCAUACAUAGGAAGUUUGAAAGUAGUAGCUUUCUUGCAAAUGUUGGACGAACUUCGAUGCAGCCCAACGGCCUUGUUGAAUUACAAGAAAAGCUUCUUUGUGAUAUCCUCCUAACGGAUGGAAAUCAGAGAAUAAGAAGCGAGGAUUAUGGAAUUGAGGUGAUAAAACGGCGAGCAUGGUGUCGAAGGGUUCUUCUUGUUCUCGAUGAUGUGGAUAACAUCAACCAACUGAGGGCAUUAGCCAUAAAUCGUGAUUUCUUACGUCGUGGAAGUAGAAUCAUAAUAACAACCAGAGAUUUGUCUUCAGUUAGUUCGCUUGAAAUGAAUGAGGUAUAUAUGC